UAGUGGGGGGGUGCAGAGGUCGCCGAUUGACAGCUGAGGCCACACACUCGCCGCAGCACUUACCUUCAUCGUGAACAGCUUCCCGCACCAGGGGCAGAAGUAUUUCGCAUCGUGGUCUGGGUGGAAUUUGUGCUUGUAAAAUGGCAAAAGUUAUUGGUCUCACGUGUAACGCCAAUCGCUUCUAUUCAGCAACAGCUUCUAAGGUAAAAGCGCGAAAAUAUGUUCUGACCAAAUACUUCGAAGGAGAACCUAAGAAAAGCGAUUUCCAGAUAGUCGAAGAAGAGCUGCCCGAAUUAAAAGAUGGAGAAAUUUUAACUGAAGCAGAAUUUCUCAGCGUUGAUCCAUACAUGCGAGCUUAUAUGAUUGGCUAUAAACUACCUACAGAUAUGAUUGGUGGUCAAGUGGCGAAGAUAAUUGCCAGCCGCAAUAAAAAAUUCCCGGAAGGGAAAUAUGUAGCCGGUUCAUUUGGAUGGCGAACUCAUACUGUAUGCAACCCCUCGGUGGCGCCAACAAUUGGGUUUCUGCCUACCACUCUCUUGCCGGACAUUAGCCCUCACCCGGUGUCUCUUGGCUUGGGCGUUCUCGGCAUGCCAGGGAACACUGCACAUUUUGGGCUGAAGGAAAUUUGCCAUGCCAAGCCCGGGGAGACGAUUGCGAUUACGGGGGCAGCCGGCGCGGUCGGCUCCCACGUCGGCCAAAUUGCUAAGGCACUUGGUUGUCGCGUUAUUGGUUUCGCCGGCACUGAUGAUAAAUGUCAAUAUUUAGAAAAGGAUCUAGGAUUCGACAAAGCAUAUAAUUACAAGACGGCUAAUAUAAGAAAUGCAUUAAAAGAUGGCGCUCCGAAUCAAGUCGAUUGCUACUUUGAUAAUGUUGGUGGUGAAAUUAGUACGACUAUAAUGAACUAUAUGAAUAAGUACGGAAGAGUGGCAGUAUGUGGCUCUAUAUCAUCCUAUAAUGACAUGAAAUUACCUAAAGUAACAAUUUUACAACCAGCUAUAGUGUUCAAAGAGUUGAAAGUUGAAGGAUUCUUAGUGAACAGAUGGAUAGAUCGCUGGGACGAAGGUAUAAAUGCCAAUUUAAAAUUAUUACGUGAAGGAAAACUGAAGUACAAUGAAAAAAUUUAUCACGGAUUUGACAACAUGGUGGAGGCUUUGGUCGGGAUGCUGAGAGGCGAGAACACAGGAAAAGCAAUCGUCAAAGUAAAAUAGAUUAAGUACAGAUUUUUUUAAAUUAAGUAUUCUAAAAAUACAAGGGGUUUGUUUUUAUAUAA